AGUAUUGUCGUGGCCGUGACUGAGUAAGGUAUUUAACAAAUCACAAAAAUAGUUUAAGUCGUUAUUUGGUCUUCCAGUGACCAUUUCUCUCAUUUUGCGCCCAGUAUAUUUGUUACUACGAUAGGCGAAUUGUGUCACACUAGCAUCCGAUAAUAAAUUGAGUAGAUCUUGUGAAUUCACACAAUCCUGAAUUGAGAGCAGAAAAAAGAAAGAAAGAAAAAAAAAAACGCUUAAACGGGCGCACAGACUUAGACAUACCCGGUACAAGAAAACACCAGGCUUGCUCGGAACAGCUUCUUCCCACGACUCCGAGGGUUGAAAGACCCAGAUCUUUCAUUGCCGAGCGGUUCAGAAGGGUAACUAAGAGAAAAUAAAAGGACUCCCAUCUCUCUGGGGGCGUUAAUGCGAUGGUAGGAGUUACCUGGGCGGACAUCUUCAGAUGAUCAUGAAGCUCUCCGUUAUUCCGAAGGCCUCACCUCGUCUCCCGUUGCUGCAAAGGUAAAACGCUGCUGAAGUGUUCGUCCUUUAGAGCGAAGAUCCCUGUAAUGAAUGAGUUGUGGGAAGAGUCUCUCUCUCUCGUCAGGAUUCGUGAGUUGAGGUGAGGAAACACGCGCUGAGGUAAUGAGAGAUGACGGUAACCAUGAAGGCGGUGGCCGCUGAGAGAGUCCUUCAUGACCUCAGGUGCUGCCAAUAUGCUGACCUGUCCCAACUGCCAUCACGUGUUGGCAGCUCGUUCCUGUUGCGGCCUUCCCCCUCCAACGGCCCCCCAGCAACUGUGCGCUCCUCCUCCAACUCUCGCUCCUUCUGUACAACACCAUCACCAUCUCCAGCAACCUCACCUCCAUCACCUUCAGCAACAUCUCCUCCACCCGGUGUCGCCAGUGGCCCCUCCAAAUGCCUCCUCCUCCUCCUCCUCAUCCUCUUCUCCCACCUCCGCCAGCCUUGCCUAUGGGGAAGGAGGAGGAGGAGGAAGCAGCUCCACCACCACCACCAGCAAUACAUUGGGACCACAACUCAUGGGCUCCUCCUUGGGGCCUUCUCCCCUCAAUGUCAGUGCUCCCAAUCCCCUCCAGCCUUUGUCGACGCCCCACAUCAGCGGUCAUAUGUUUCAUUUCCCGACGGGGGCACACGCACCCACCGUAGCUGGCUGCCACGGGUCUUGUCACGUGACGUGUCACGUAGCAGCAGUGCACUCUGCCUGCGUGGGCAGCUGUCACAUGCCCUGUGCAGCGACUGCCAGCCCGUGGAAAUGGCCAGAUAGUGCUUCUUGUCCCGUUGCCAGCCAGGCGUUGACUGCGCGCAUGCACACGUCUGGCGGUGGCAUCGUGGACGAUGGAUUCAGUGCCAAGGCGAUGAUGGCCCCUGACAUCGCCAAGAGACUCAAUGGUCUGAGAGACUGGACUGUCUGGGAUGACGAGAGGGUGCUGGGGAACACACGGAGGGCCUUGGCUGAGAGUGGCUGGUACUGGGAGAGGCUCUCGUGGCGACAGGCGGAGACCCUCCUGCAGAGUACGAGUUUGGGGACUUUCAUUGUGCGCGAAUCGGCCGACACGCGGUACUUGUAUUCCCUGAGUGUGCAGACAGAAAGAGGACCCACUAGUGUUCGAAUUCAUUACACAACUGGCAAGUUCAGACUGGACUGCGAGUCCCACAUGACUUCCAGCAUCCCAGAGUUUUCGAGUAUCAUCAACCUCAUCGAGUAUUACAUCCGGAUGAACCGGAAGCUGCAGAGACACGUGUGGGUGGACACUCAGGGCAAGAUGUACUCUCCCAUCACCAUAAGGCAGCCCCUCCUUAGGUCAGUGCCAACGCUCAAACAUCUCAGUCGGCUGGCUAUUAACUUGUGCCUGCCGAGGUCGUGCAGUGCCACACGUCUGCCUGCGGCGUUGUCGCAGUACAUCGAUGAGUACCCGUACUGGUGCUAGUGGUGGAUUGUAACAAGCCCUUCUCUCCAUCUCUUCCCUUGUCAUUCCUCACGGAAAUAUUUACCUACCUUAAGACCACGAACAAAACGUACGUCAUAGAAUUCCGAAAAUCUUUGUGCUUGUAUAAAAACUGUCUAAAAACAAUGUUUUAUUUUACGAUGCUUUUGUUCCGUUUUUUGUAUCAGUAGACUUUAAAAUCAAACUUUUUUUAAAGAGCAAGAUUUUUGUAAACCUACUGUCGUGUGUAUAAUUGUAAUAAAGUAGGCUCUAAUUAUGUAGCUAGUUUUAGAAGAUUGCAAGAAGAAAUAAUCUUUGCUAUUUUUAUUUCUGUCAUAAUUUUACAGUUCCAUUAAUUGUCACUGGGUUUUACCAGUUGAUUUGUAACUCGUGGAAAAAAAUGCGACAAGAUCACUGCUAAGUUAGCCAACUUUAAUCCAGAAUAUAAUUUUUCCCAGACUCACUCAGUUUAUA